ACCAGAGCAUCAGCAACAACAGAGUUCGUACAACACUUCAACGAAGCAUACACUUCUCACCAACUUUGGCCAUCCUUUUACUGGGCAACGAGGAAAUCGACGAGUUCUUUCACUCCCGUCUAGUGUACGACAUAGCAUCAGCAACCGUUAUACCUAAGUGACCCGGAUCAUCGGAACCACAAUGGCGAUUUUACUCCCACGCAACGACGUCUUGAACGUCCAUCCCGCUCCUCAGGGCCAGCAUCUGAGUGUGCACGGUUCGGAUUGGCUUUGGGCUGCUACUGCCCUCUUUGCAUUUAAUACACUCGUCCUAUUUGCUCUCAAAUUUAAGGCCAGUCGCGGUGAACGCCUGUGGCAUUACAUCUGGAUUGUCACCAACCUGGUGGCUACCUUCGCCUACUUUGCUAUGGCGGCUAACCUCGCCUGGGAUGUGGUCAGCCAAAGGAACCAGGUUCGUCAACAUGGCCCUACCCGUCAGAUCUUCUGGGCCAAGUAUGUUCUAUGGGUCGUCUCUUUCCCAGCGGCUAUCCUCGCCAUGGGCAUCCUCUCCGGCGUCUCUUGGGCUACCAUCGUUUUCAACAUCUUCCUCUCUUGGAUCUGGGUCAUCGGUUACCUCGUCGCCGCCUAUGUUCCUUCCAACUACAAGUGGGGUUUCUUUGCCUUUGCCGCUCUUGCCCACGUCUUCCUCGCUUUUGAGACCCUGUUCCGCGCCCGCAGCUCGGCUAACCGUGUUGGUAUCAACCGCGAUUACACGAUGCUCUCUGGCUGGACCAACCUCUUGUGGCUCCUCUAUCCCAUUGCCUGGGGUGUCUCUGACGGCGGCAAUGUCAUUGGUGUCACCAAGAGCAUGAUCUUCUUCGGCAUUCUCGACGUCCUUUUCAUCACCACUCUCAGCUACGCCUUUGUCGUCCUCAGCCGCCGCUGGGACUACAGUCGCCUCAAUAUUGCCUUCACUCAGUACGGCCGCGUCCCCAUCACCGGUACUUAUCCCGAGAAGCAUGCCACCACCGACCACCAUUCCGGCGUGACUGACCCUCACACUGCUGCUCCUGCCGUUUAAGCAACGCACUACUUCGCAGGGUCAUGAUAUGACCCAUUUAGGUGUACGGUCUGGCCGCACAACUUAUGAUGAGCCUCUUCCAGCCUGCUUAUCCUUGAAUGGUUGAGCACCUAGGAAUGGGAGACAUAUGUACACGACUUCUUACGACGACACGCCAAUGUGCUUCUUUUAAUGUCCGGUUACAGUUUACGUUUGGUUACAGUGCACAACGAUACACUACAUCCGCUCGUUUUUGUGUUUUUGCUUGGGAUUUUGAUGAAGGACGAUAGAGGUCAUGAUUUGGGAUGGAUAUACCACGAAAAGGCGGUCAAUUGGCUCCGGUGGAGGAAGGAUGAGGUGAAUGGAAUCAGUCGAUAUCACUACGGAAUUGAGACGCAUGGUGGGGUGGCUGUUAAUGUCGGGUAUAAUGGAGCAGAUGGGGGAGGUAUUCCAUGCUAUAGACAACUCUGUCAAAUAUCUAAUAACAUGAUUCGUUUGAAAG